AUGUUUACAACUAAUAACCAUCAUAAAAGGUAUGCUUUGCGUGUGUAUUUAUGCAUCAAGGAUAAAGCCGACUUUCGUAGUUUAAUAGAUGUAUCAUGUACAAGUUUUAUCGGUGAGUUUUUUGGUGCGAUAAGCGAUUUUAUUUUAAAGUUAACAUCGCACAAAAGCAGUAAAACAGUUAAUAGGUCUGCGCUAACUAACAUAUAA